AUGUUCGGCCCCGCCCUUUUCUCUCGUAGGUUCCCCAUCUCAUCCGCCAUUGCUCACCUCGCCUCAAUUCCCAAAGUCAUCCCUCAGACAGCGGGCUUGCUCCCAAAGUGGCAGCUCCUCGUCGGCGUCGUCGCCGUCCUCAACACCCUCCAGAACUUCCUCACCCUCAAGUUUACCCGCCGCAUCUAUAACGCAGUCCCUCCCGCACAGCCAGUCACCGCACUCCAGGCCCGUACAUUCGCCGUGUGGACCCUGACGUCUGCCGUCGUGCGCGUCUACGCCGCAUACCACAUUCAAAACAAAGUGAUAUAUGACAUGGCUCUCAUGACGUACCUCAUCGCCUUCGCCCACUUCAGCUCAGAGAUCUUCAUCUUCCGCACCGCGAAGAUUGGUCCUCCUGUAUUGAGCCCUUGUAUUGUUGCGACAACAUCGCUCGUGUGGAUGAUCUCGCAGUAUGAUUUCUACGUCAAAAACUGA